CAAUAUUCAAUGGUAAAGGUGCCUGUCUGUUGAUUGAUGUUUUUGAACUUUUUAAAACAAAGUAUUUUGAGUUGUUUAAUGAAACCUGUCCUUUUUCUUCAAAGUGGCUUCUUAUACAGCUAUCAUCAACAUUUGGGAAGCAUUUAAAAGUGUUCACUAGUCAUUCCAAGAAACAUAGUCUUAUGCUUUUCUAUGAAACUAUUUCAAAAGAAGCUCAUCAUAUAGCUUUAUAUAAGCUGAGAAAGGCUGCACAAGAAGAAGAAAGAAGAAAGGAAACACUGGCAGUUGAAUCUGAGCCUCCAAAUGUAGAACCUGAUGUAUUUUCAAAUAACUCAGUCAGUAUUAUCAAUGGACACUUUCAUCAAAAUUCUAAACAAAUUGUUGACUAUUAUAAACAUCAUCCAAUGGAAGUCAAGAAUUUUACAUUUGAUUCUCUUUUGAAACAUAUCUCGCCAAAAGUAUGGAACUAUUUUCUCAUAUUAACCUCAACCCAAGAAGAAAAACGUGCGAUGCUACAAGAUCCUACAUUUUCACCUUUACAUCACUACAAAUUACCAAAGCGCUCAUUCAAAAGACUCUCUGUUCUCCAGUCACUUUUGAGUCUGGUAAAUGAUGAAUGUACAUACCCCAUGCAUAUAGCUGUAGCUGAAUACAUCAAAAGAUGUAGUGGGUCAGUGCAGCUGGUUACUGCUUGCAACAGGCUAGGGUUUUGUGCAUCUGAAGACAGCAGGUUGAGGUUUGAGACUAGGGUGAAGAAGGAGGAGCAAUCUAAAACUGUUAGUGAAAAGCUAGAUUUAAAGACAUUUACUGUUGUAACUGCUGACAAUAUUGAUGUCCAAACUCCUCAUGCGAUGGUGACAGGAAAUGACAGGAGUUGGCAUGGGACAAGUGUAAUGGCUAUUCAACCAAGGCCAAGUAAACAGUGUACAAUAGAGCAAAAUACAAGGGAAAUGGGUUACUCUGUGGAAACCAGUUUGAGUAAUGAUAUCCCAGAGCCCCAACCUUUGCUAAAUACUGCAGUACCAGUAACUUUAAAGAAAUUUCCUGUUUAUGGAGAUGGCCGCUGUCUUUUCCGUGGUGUUUCUUGUAUAUUGAACAAAGAUUUACAAAAUGCUGUGAGGAAUCAACAUGGAAUGUGUGUAAAUCAACAAAUGGAAAUGUAUGAGAGAAAUGCAGCAGAUAAUUUGAGGUCAAGAGUCGUCCAGGAAAUCAACUCUCAGAUGGACACUCUUAGAGAACUUGAUGAUGGUACUAAAGCGGUUCUUCUGGACAACUUCUCAAGUUUUGGUGAAAGGGUAACCAAUGUCACGCAACCAGCUGCCUAUGCAGGAAUGCUUGAAAUUAUUACUUUAGCAUACCUUCUGAAGACUCCAAUUCAUAUGUAUCGAGAAGAAAAUGGGAAUUACAAAUUGCAUUCCAAAUUACCACCGUGCUUUACUGAAAAGCCAAUAACACUCCUAUAUCGCCCAGAUGAACCAGGACAACCCGGACACUACGAUGCUUUGUUGAACAACAAUUUCAAAAGUCUAAGUGUUCCUUUGAAUGAUGCUAAUGACUUAGAUGCUUCAUUUCAGGCAUGGAGGAGUUUGACUAAACACAACAACAACAUUCAUUAUGCUGAUACAUUUAACUUUGAUUUGGCAGCUGAGACUGACAAUGUGAUCCCUUCAACACCUAUUGUUGCAGGUGCACCACCAGCAGAUACUAUAUCUCAAACCACACCACAUGUUUCAAAAAACAAUACUUCUCUUGAAACUGCGGAGACCAGUAGAGUCUUAUUCCCAGAAUCAAGAAGUCAUGUAGAAACAGUCAGCAAGCCACGGCAGAGGGGUAAUACAAAACAGCCAGUUUACUCUUCUCUUUUACCAACCAGUAAUGUUGAAAAGAGAACACUCGAUCCUCGAAUACUGGAACAGACAGACUGUUUGGAAAAGUUCCAUUCCCAUGGUAAUGAGUUGGUCCAGUUGGAAAAGUUGAAGACUGCAUGUUUCACCUACAUAUUUGAAAGAGACUGCCAAUUGAGAUUGAUCCAAGAAAAGUGCCUUCCAGGACUCCGUUGCAAGCUAGCUUUAGAAACGCAGCCAUCCACCGAUAAAUCAAAAAUCAUAUACCUCGAUAUACUUGAUCUUCCUGCUGAUAGAAGAGAGACUCUUAAGAUUGUUCUUGCCAAGCUGUUUGAUGAUUUCAAGAUAUCAACAGAGCUUAGUCAUCUUGUUGUUGUGGGAGAUGCAAAAACAUAUGACUAUAUCUUGAAAUUACGUCAGGACUAUGGUGAUAUUCUUGACUGGGUUAUUCCUUGGAUGGGAGACUGGCACAUCUUGAAAAAUUUCCAACCUAUACUUAUGAAGAUAUAUUGGGAUGCUGGAUGGAAGGAGAUUGCCCAGAAAACUCACAAGGGAUCAACCUUAACUUCGCUUGCAAACGCAAAACAUUUUAAGAGAACACACUAUUUUAUCCUCCAAUCAUGGGAAGCAAUAUACUCCUACCAACUCAGGUCAUUCAAGCAACAUUUAGGCCUUGAGCAAAAAGAAGAUCUAGUGAGCCUUGAAAAUAGUGUUGCAAGUUUAUUACAGGACUUGGCAGCCAAGAAUGAUGAUUUUGAAGAAUCUUUCGUUACAAGACAAGGUUUACUGAGAAAUGACUUAGACAAGUUUGGAGAUGCCUUUGAGGAUUUUUGUUCAGAAAUGUCGGACAAAUUUGAAACGUUUCGUAUGUGGAACAAAUUUCUGAAAGAAGACGCGAUGGCAUAUAUAAGUCUCUAUCUAGCAAUUCGUGAGCGGAACUGGGAUUUAAGAAACGCAGCUAUUAAAUCGAUGGCACCUCUCUUUACUGCAUUUGAUGCACACAACUAUUCUAGACUUUUGCCUCAACAUAUAUCGCAUAUUCUUACCCUACCAAAUGAUGUUUCGGAACAGUUUCAAAGUGGGGCCUUUGCAGUAAGUUUAAAAGGAACCAAUUAUGCCAGCGUUGGGCUAGAUGAAGCCCAUGAGAUGACCAUUAACAAAGAAGUUAAGGAGGUCUUGUUUAGGAUUAAUCCACACACUAUUGGAGCCAUUACAGAUUAUAUAACAACUAGUGCAGAUAUAGUGCAGAAUCUUAAUGUAAAUCUCCAAAGGAAGUCCCCUAUAACAGCUGACUCAGUGGAAACCAUAUUAGAAAGUGAACAAUACCCUGAGUCAGGAAGAGUGAAUUUUAAGGAGAGUAGUCCUAAAUUUAUUGAAAAGGAAUGUGCCAAUGUAAAACAGUAUUUGGAAAAGUUCAGCGAGUCAUCAGCAUUUUCUGUUUCCCAGUCAAAAGAUUUGCACCAUGCAUUCACUGGAGCAGAAGCAAAUGAACUCCAGAAAGAUGGGUUGCUUAAUUAUACUACCAUUGGAACGGAAGAUUAUUCAACCUAUGUUGAGACCCGCAUACUGAAACGACCAAGCACUAUUCCCCCCAGAAAAAAACAUAAACUCCACACAUUCACUGCAAGACGGAUCACCAAAACAAAACUCAAGCAGGAAGAAAAGGAACGAAAAUUUGUGACAUCACUAUAUAAAAGAACCAUAGCAAUGUCUGUAUCGGAAGAUCUUCCUGUUCAAGAUUUAUUUCAAUUUCUUGAAACACCACGGGCCAUCUGUACAGUUGAAGGGCUGCCUUACAAAGGCAAUAAGAGCUCAACAGUUGAGUAUUUCACCAAGAGAUACAAUAAUGUCGAUUCUCCUGUAACCAAUGACAUCCUUCCCAUAUCAACAAACAUUUCAGCGGCAAUAAUUGAAGGGAUGAACAUUAUUUACAUCUCCCCCAUUGGUUGUCACAAAUUUCUCAAAGACUAUGCCUCUUUUCUGAUGUAUCGCUUUGUUGAUCAUUAUUUUAGGCAGGGUUAUUCUGAUGUCAGAAUCAUAUUUGAUCAACAAGGAACACAAGGCUUAUCUCCAAAGAUGGUUGAGAGGGAGAGAAGAGGAACGGUUGAAGAAAAUGAUGCUGAUAUAUCCAUAUCUGGUGAUACAGCUGUUCCAAGAGGGGAAAAGUGGAUAAAGUUCAUCCAAAAUAAAACCAACCGGGAACAAGUUAUGAGUUUUCUCAGUUACUACUUUCUUAACAAUGUUUCCAAAAUUCUUAGAAAUCACAAUCAGAUAUUUAUAACUGGGGGUGGAUUUCAAGGGGAACAUUUUGGCAAAACGAUGGUAGUCAGAAAAGAGUGUAUAACUGAGUAUCACCUGCAGACUUCAACCGAAGAAACUGACCUCAGUCUUUGGCUCCAUGUUAAAGACACUCAAGAAUCAAACAUUCUUGUAAUCUCCAAAGAUACAGAUAUCGGACUUAUUGGACUCCCUCUUGAAAUUCACGACAAAAAUGUGUACAUUCAGUACAAAAGUGGGGCUGAACAGCGGUAUCUCGAAUUGAAUGCAUUGAAAAAUGCAAUUUCUAGAGAUCCUGACCUGGGCACCAUUAUUUCAUCAGGUGUGAAUGUUUUCAAGGUCAUUCAAAUGGUCUAUAUUGCAUCAGGGUGUGAUUUUGUGUCUUACUUUGCAGGUCAUGGAAAAACCUCUUUUUUCAAGACAUUUUUUAAACAUGCAGAGUUUGUUACAAGUGGCAGAUUUGACAAAUGUCCUGGAACACUUGACAACAGCUGUUCGGAGAAACAAAAUGAAGGACUUUUGGCUUUCUUCCGCCUUAUCGGAUGCUUGUAUUUCCACUCAAAUAGGGCGUGUUUAAAUAGCUAUGACAGUCCAGAAGCAGUUUUCAAGGCCUGCUAUAAGGAUGGUAUGAACAUAAAAUACCAGCAUUCCAAGUUUCUCAACACCAUCCGGAAAGCAUCUUGGAAAGGUGUUUACGAAGAUCAGUUGCUGCCUUCGGAUGAUGCACUCCGUUUUCACUGGCUGAGGUCAUGCUGGCUAGCCCAGGUGUGGUCUAAAGCCCUUACUCCCUUCUUUCUGUUCCCCAGCAUUGAAGAUUAUGGCUACAUAGUUCAAGAGGGUAAAGUUUCAUACAAGUGGGAUAGCCCUGCAAAUAUAGACAAAAUCAAGACUAAUGUAGCAUAUUUGACCAGAGGGUGUGGAUGCAAAAGUGGGUGCAAAACCUCAGUAUGCAAGUGCUACAAACAACAUGCAAAAGGUGGAAGGGGUUCUUGUGGUCCUGGAUGCAUAUGUAGAAAUUGCACUAACCCUUAUGGACGGGCCAAAAAAUUAGUUGUUGACUCUGAUUCUGAGAGUGAAUCAGAUAAUGAUCUUCAAGGCAACACAGAUAGUGAAGGGGAGUGAAAGAAAUGUAUUUUUGGAGCAGCACACUGGUAAUUCUGAGGAAACCAUUAUGUGAAAAAUGUCCCAGAAUUCUUCAUAUAAAGUGAUCUUCAAUACAACCCAAGUGGCAAUAUAGUCUCACAUUAGGUGACAUAGUGUAACAUGUAUUUUUGGAGGAGCAUAUAGAUAAUUCUGAGGAAACCAUUAUGUGAAAAAUGUCCCAGAAUUCUUCUUACUAGUGAUCUUCAAUACAAAUCAAGUUACAAUAUAGUGUCACAUUAGAUGGCAUAGUGUAAAAUGAAUUUUGGAGGAGUAUAUAGAUAAUUCUGAGGAAACCAUUAUGUGAAAAAUAUCUCAGAAUUUCUUUAUAAGUGAUCCUUAAGAUGACUCAUGGUGCUGUCAAGUCUAGUAUUGUCUCUUAUUAUGCACCUCAUUAAAAUACUCAAAUCUGAUUGUUCAAGAGCUGCAGGGUCUAUUGCCAUACGUGGCAGCAACAUCUCGUUCUAACCAGUAUUGAGGCAACAAGAUCUCGAACCAUCCCGUAUGCCAUAAUACCUAUCCUCGAAAAAAAAUACUAGGCUCGGCUUCUGUUUUAGUAGACCCAUUCUUUAAAAUAAAGUAUUUCUCAAGGGAGGUGC